UGUCAUCAGCACCUGCUCCUGCACCAUCUUCAAGGUUCACCACUUAGCUUCAGCUUAUUUGUGGAUAUCCCUUUUUGUUCGUGCUUACUACUUUUGUGAAAGUGUUUUUAGUAUAUUGUGUGUUUAGUUAAGUGAUUUUGAAAACGAAUUUUUUAUUUUGCCAAAAAAUUAAAAAAAAAGAAAAUAUUUAACGUCCUUAAAAACACAAACAAACAUCCUUGAUCCUUUUUAAAAAUGAGGAAAUCUAUACUUCUUUGGAUUACCAUUCCGAUUAUAACGGUCCUUGUGGGGAAAGUGUAUUCUGCCAUCAACUCUGGUGAUAAUUCGAUACAAGCAGUUAAUCGAAAUCAGCUGGAGGAGGGAUUCUUGAGAAAGUUGAACACGAAAUGUAGCCAAAGGGACAACCAUUCGUGCAUGAUGCUAAAAUUAAUCGUCUAUAUGAAUCGAAUAUUCAAGAAGUCAUCCAUUGAUGUCAACGAAAAUGUCAAAGUCACAGAAAAUCGAGGAGUCGAUAUUCCCGACGAUCCAGACGAGGACAUUCUACUGGCUCGUGAGCUGCAGUCGGACGAUGAAACCUUAGGCCUUCUCGUGGCAGGCAAAAUAUGGCGUUUCAUUCGUAGUCGAACACUUCGAUAUAAAGUCACAGAUAACGCUGAAUUUAUAGUCACCACCGAACCGAAAGGCAACAUUAACCUCGGCCUAUCGGUGAGUCCCACAGAAGUGCUGGAGGAAGGCCGUGGCAAGAUGAAAAAUAUGGGUCCUUUGAUGGCAAUGAUGGCAACAAAGAUGGGUAUCAUCGGUGCUAUCUUAAUUAAGGGUUUGAUUCUGCUUACCGGAAAGGCAUUGAUUGUGUCCAAGAUUGCACUGCUCUUGGCUGUUAUCAUAGCUUUGAAGAAACUUCUAGGUCAAAAGCAUAUAUCAUAUGCAGAGCCCCACCAUGAUACCCACAGUACGGGAUGGGGUCGAGCUUUUGAUGGAUUUAUCGAUGGCUUUGCUGGAGUACCUGCUAAAAUGUUGGAUGUUCAUGAAAUGGCUUAUUCAGCUCAACAACCAAAUCCAAUUUAGUUUUUUUUUCUCUUUCUUGUUUUUGAUUUUUGAUUAAAAUUAUAAAACAAUUUGUAAGCGUGUGGUAGUGAAGAUUAUUAAUAUUUUAAAUUUCAUUUUUUCUUCCGACUAAACUAUUUGUUUUGUUUAGAUUUAAGAAUUGUUAUGUUUUCUAUAUUUUAUAUAAACUUACCAUAUGCCAUUUGUUAGAUAAUGCAUCUUUCUUGCUCUUUACUCUCUUAACCUUCUUCCAU